CCAAACGCAGACCACAGGUUUGUCCAUUCCGGCCUGAGAAGUUGCAUGAACUUGCACUUUGAAACAUUGUUGCUUACAUUCUAAUGAGAAGUGCACUGUUGAGUGUAUGUGUUUAGUUAUGUAUGUAGGGGAAAAUAACGUCAACAGUUUAGUGUUUUUACAUUAGAAAGCGAAGAGGAUUUCAUUUAAGACAUUCAUGUUUCUGCAUCGAUUUCGCGUCAUAGUUACAUGACAGAAGAGACACGCAUCUGCUUCAAAUGCUGUCCAACUUCUGACAUCUGAAUUCAGCACACUUAUCCAACAACAGCGGAAACAGGAGGGACCAUAACCGGAAGGGCACUGAAGGCACACCGCGAAAAUGUUAACCAGAUUGUCGGGUCUUGUGCCGCUGACAGUUCUGAUCUUCACGCUGAUAAUCAGCAGCUCAUCAGCACCACCAAACAGUGCGAACCACGAACUGCUAACACGGCUUGGAAUGUCUCGCAGAAGAAUGGCUCUGAAUCACCACAAGAAACGCGUCGCUAGUGAAUCCAGACAUCACGGCGUCAACAGUGAUGACUCACACAUGUUCAUCAUCAAACUGCCACCAAACCCAUACUAUUACUCUCAUAUGAAACCAGUGAAAGUAUCGACUAAUUUCAAUGCAGUUAAUAAACUUCCAGUCAGCUUUAGGGCUAACGGAAAACCUGCGAAAGUGUAUCACUGGAAUAUCCCAGUUUUGAAAAAUAUGGCAAAAAAUGGGAGACGUAAGUCAUCUGAUGCAAGACUUAAGGUGCAGGAUAGCAAGAUAUAUACGAUACAGAAGGCUUCUUCAUGGCCUCAGAGCGUGGGAAACGAAGAGCACGAAAAAUCUAAACCGAUGAAACACCACAGGAAAUCUAAUCACAUAGAGAAACCAUCUGUUUCUUAUUAUGCUCCUGUCAACCAACGGAAAACCGUGAUUCAGAAACACUUUUCUGGAAACGGUAAACCUCAGUCCUUCUACGUGAUUGAGAAGAGCAAGAACCCAGCUUAUUAUCAAAGGCUGUUAACCCUGAACAACUGAUUUCUGCAUUACACUUGAUUUGUUAGCCUUCAAGCAUAGUUUCUUUCAAGAAGGCAUAUUUCAUACAUUUUAGUAACAUGGACAGUUUUACAACUCUUCAUAUAUAGACAAUGCAUAAAUAUGAACAUGUGCGUGUUGUUUUAAUGAAUUAUGGUUUCGUGCAAUUUUUAAGGCGUGUCACAAAGAUUCACAUAUUUCUAAAGACUAUUAAGAUAAAUAUCUUAAUUUUUAAGCUCUGAGCCCUGAGUGUUAAAACAAGGAUUCGUUCAUCAAAUACCUCUGGUUAGGAAACCAAUGUGCUCUUAAUCGGCCGUGGAUUACAUCAUCAUGUUAGGUUUGGAGCUUCUGUAAUUUUGUGGCUGAGAAUUCCUUGUCAAAUAGUGUGUCUAUCGCUCUCAUAUAUAUUCUUCGGUAAGCUCGGCUUGCAGUGAAGCUUAAGGAAAUAUGAAGAGCAGAUUGGAACUUGUUUUGGUUUCUCAGUUUGGGCUCAGACUUUUCUGCUUUCUGUCUAAUUUCAAGCUUAUCAGUAUUUAAGUGAGUGAUGGGGCUGCCCUCUGAACCUCAAAUACACAAUUACAAGUGCCUCAGGCCAAAAUCUGCUUUGUAAUCCGUAGUAGAGAUAACGCCUGUCCUGUCCGACAACAGGAAUCUUCGGCGAACCAUAUCUUCUUUGGAGUUAAUGCUCAAGUGUACAGUGCAGUGUAAUAAUCAGUAAACCUGCUAGUGGCUCACAUUAUCAUAUUUUCAUACUAUGAAUUGCAGGAGUGUUAAGUGGAGCUAUGCAAUCAUGUAAUUUUGUAUGAUGAUAAGUUAUAAUGAGUUUUUAUUUAAAAAAUCUACUACAAUACUUAGAAAGGAGUAGAGAAGCUUAAAAAACAUUCUUUCAUUAAAAAUGUAAGUCAAGAAAAUACGAUGUACUUAAACCAGAAGAUUAUAGUGUUUUGGGAUGUGGUGCCAUGUUGUUUUAUAGAUAAGUCCCGAUGUUUCAGAGGAACGUCAGUAUAUAUUGAGCAAGCUGCAUCGCAUCACGUGCCAGAAGACAUAAAUCUUCGUGAUCACUGCCACGUGAAUUUCAUCUCAUUUAUUUAAGUCUAACUUUUCAUUCAGUGGUCCUGCCGUAUGUUAGAUUUGUUUGGAACAAUUUCAUCUAAAAUUAUUAAUUCAUACAUCGACGGAAAAUUUAUCACUUUAUUCUAAACGCUGAAGACAUGUGUUCGGUAUUCAAGAGAAUUUUAUAAAUACCAAUAAUUUCUCACAGUGUGUUUUAGAUGGAUGAUAAUGCUUUAUUUUAUAUUAAUUCUUGUGUAAGGAAACAGCGACCGCAUCUGUGGUCUAGUGGUCAGAG